UGCGCACGCGUAGGCUCCAAGGUGGCGGGGGUUCCCGCUUUAGUGGGCGGGGCCGCGCUACACGCCGCCGAGGGGCCCAAGUAGACUGGAUUCAGGUUUUUGCGUCCUCAGCUGCCCAUACAUCGCGUGGCGGGAUGCUGCUGCUGGCGGUGGGCGGCCGGUGGGCGGCGGGACUGCGGCUAGGCCGCGAGAGGACGGCGUGGUGUGCGGCUGCCGUGUUCCGAGGCCCGCGGACCGCUGUCUCGCGGGCGUUCUGCAGCAGGCCCCUGCAGCGAGCCGGGCUCCUUCUCCCGCGUCCCGCGCGAUCUCAGAUACCUAUUUGUUGGGAAAGAUGUGUUCGAUGCUUAUAUACACAACUUGACAAACCAGAAGAUGGAAGACUGAUAUAUACUGGGAAUCUGGCCCGUUCUGUAUUUGGUGUGAAAUGUUUCUCUUAUUCUACAAGUGUUAUCAGCCUUGCAUUUUUACCAUACUUAUUUUCACAAAGUAAUAUUACGUUUGGAAGUCUGCCUUUGCAAAUCUUAUUUUAUGGGAUUGUAGGAUGCUUCACAGUGAUCACCCCUGUGCUGCUUCACUUCGUUACGAAGGGUUAUGUUAUUCGGUUGUACCAUGAGGCCACAACUGACACUUACAAAGCCAUUACUUACAAUGUCAUGCUUUCGGAAACCAGCACAGUGUUUCACCAGAAUGACGUGAAGAUUCCAGACAGCACACAUCUAUUUACCACCUUUUAUGCUAAUACAAAAUCACUGUUAGUCAAUCCAGUGCUCUUUCCAGACCCUGAAGACUUUAACCAUCUAAUGGGUUAUGACAAACCAUUCACUUUUGAUGUAGAAGAAACCAUUGAAAAGAAACAGCAUGAGGUUGAGAAAUGAGCCUGUUCUUUGCACUUAAAUGUGACGUAUAUUUCAGUGUACAAUAAGAUGGCUUUAUUUUGUUAUUGUUAGUGAAAGAUAAUUAAAAAUGAUUUAAGGCUUGGGGAUGUAGCCACGUUGGUAGAGUACUUGUCAUGCAUGAAGUCUUGGGCUUGAUCCUCAUCACCAUGUGAACUGGUAUGGUUGUGCAUACCUACAAUCCCGCGUUUGGGAAGUGAAGGCAGGAAGAUCAGAAGUUUGAGAUCAUCCUUGGCUACAUAGUAAAUUUGAAGUCAGCCUGGACUACAUGAGACUGUUAUCUCAGAAACAAGCAAAAAGUUUAAACUAUCAAGCACAGCUUCUAAUUAACUUUCAGAUAAUGAUGUUCCUGUGCAAUAAAAUAUGUUUAAG